AUGUUUUCCAGCCCAGAGUUCUGCUGCACCGAUUAGAUGUUGCUCAGAAGCGGAUUGUUAAAGAAGAUUCUUUAGACCAAAGACCUCGUGCCGACCUGCAUCAGCCAAGUCCCCCUCAAAUAAAGGAGGAAGAGAAGGGAGUCUACAUCAGUCUGCCAGGAGAGGAGCUCAAUGGGAAGGAGGUGAUUAAUGCCAUCAGGCUUCCAGUUGCUGCUCCAAUAAAGACUCUGGAUGAUGAACAGUCUCCACUGCUCUCACAGCUUUAUCCAGACCAAAUUAAAGCCAGAGAAUCCGUCAGGAUAAAAGAUCAUGGAGAUGCUUUCAUUUCUUUAGAGACUGAAGACACUGAGAAGGAUGAAGAGGACAGUGAUGUAGAACACAGUCUCUCUGGGCUAAAAGACUUGUCAGACUCUGGACAUAAGACAUGUUCUACAGAGAAGAAAAAUGUGGAUUCAGGAAUGAAAGUCCAGACAGGAGUGAAGCUUAGCUGCCAAGACUGUAGUAAAACAUUUAUUGGAAAAUACGCUUUAAACAAACACAUAAGAAUCCACAUAGGACAGAAGCCUUUCUAUUGUGAUCUAUGUCAAAAAAGUUUUGGCCGAAAAGCAGAUUUAAACACACACAUGAGAAUCCAUACAGGACAGAAGCCUUUCGGUUGUGAUCUAUGUGGAAAAAGUUUUAGCCAGACAUCAAUUUUAAAUAGACACAUGACAAUCCACACAGGACAGAAGCCUUUCAGUUGUUGUCUAUGUGGAAAAGAUUUUAGGCAAACAUCAACUUUAAAUAGUCACAUGAGAAUCCAUACAGGACAGAAGCCUUUCAGUUGUGAUUUAUGUGGAAAACGUUUUAGCCAAACAUCAGUUUUAAAGAGACACAUGAGUAUUCAUACAGGACAGAAGCCUGUCGGUUGUGAUUUAUGUGGACAAACAUUUAUUGACAGCGGAGGUUUGAAGACCCACAUGAGAAUCCAUACAGGACAGAAGCCUUUCCGUUGUGAUCUAUGUGAAAAAAGUUUUAGCCGAAAAGCACAUUUAGAAAUACACACGAGAAUCCAUACAGGACAGAAGCCUUUCAGUUGUGAUCUAUGUGGAAAAAGUUUUAGCCAAAAAUCAAGUUUGAAGACCCACAUGAGAAUCCAUACAGGACAGAAGCCUUUCUGUUGUGAUCAAUGUGGACAAAGAUUUAUCCGAAAAGAUACUUUGAAUACACACAUAACAAUCCACACAGGACAGAAGCCUUUCUGUUGUGAUCUAUGUGGAAAAAGUUUUAGCCAAAAAAAUGUCCUCAUCCUACACAUGAGAAUCCACACAGGACAGAAGCCUUUCUGUUGUGAUCUAUGUGGAAAAUGUUUUAGCGAAAAAGGAACUUUAAACAAACACAUAAGAAUCCAUACAGGAGAGAAGCCUUUUGGUUGUGAUCUAUGUGGAAAAAGUUUUACCGAAAAAGGAACUUUAAAUGAACAUAUAAGAAUCCAUACAGGACAGAAGCCUUUCUGUUGUGAUCUAUGUGGAAAAUGUUUUAGCGAAAAAAGAACUUUAAACAAACACAUAAGAAUCCAUACAGGAGAGAAGCCUUUUGGUUGUGAUCUAUGUGGAAAAAGUUUUACCGAAAAAGGAACUUUAAAUGAACAUAUAAGAAUCCAUACAGGACAGAAGCCUUUCUGUUGUGAUCUGUGUGGACAAAGAUUUAGGCAAAAAGCACAUUUAAACAUGCACAUGAGAAUCCAUACAGGACAGAAGCCUUUCUGUUGUGAAAUGUGUGGAAAAAGAUUUAGCCAAAAAGCACAUAUAGAAAUACACACGAGAAUCCAUACAGGAGAGAAGCUUUUCGGUUGUGAUCUAUGUGGGAAAAGUUUUAGAGAAAAAGGAACUUUAAACAAACAUAUAAGAAUCCACUCAGGACAGAAGCCUUUCUGUUGUGAUAUGUGUGGAAAAAGAUUUAGCCAAAAUGCAGAUUUAAAAAUACACAUGAGAAUCCAUACAAGACAGAAGCCUUUCGGUUGUGAUCAAUGUGGAAAAAGUUUUAGCAGAAUAUCAGAUUUUAACAUACACAUAAGAAUCCACUCAGGACAGAGGCCUUUCGGUUGUCAGUUAUGUGGAAAAAGAUUUACCAAAAAAUCAACUUUAAAUAGACACAUGAGCAUCCAUACAGGACAGAAGCCUUUCUGUUGUGAUCUAUGUGGACAAAGAUUUAGCCAAAAAGGACAUUUUAACAGACACAUGAGAACCCAUACAGGAGAGAAAAUGGCUCUGCUAUGAAAACUAACUCAAACACAGCUGUAUUUGCUGACAGAUAUUUGUCUGUUGUCAUCAAACGCAACAGUCUUCUCUUGGUAGUUUGAGCAUUUCUCUUGUAGCUAAUGUUUAGACUUGUGUUAAAACAUUUAAAUUGUUUUAUUCUUGAUCAGCACACAGAUGUGCUCCAGACUGAGCUGUAGCACAUCUGUGUUCUCAGUCUAUGCACACUGCUGUAACCACUAGACUCAUUAAGCUAAUGUAAAAAAUGGCCACAGGAUGUGCCCCAACACAUAAUUUCUGGUUGAUCUUUGACAACAGCGACCUCUAGCUUCCUAAAUUACCAAUUACUAACCCAUAAUUAUUUCCAGGAGAAAUAAUUACAUUAUUAAAGGAGAAGUCCAGUCAAAAUCAGAAUUCGGUCUUGUCAGAAUUUAGAU